GAGGGCCUAAGAGCAGCGAAGGAAAAUGAAAACGACCUGUCGUUUUGGUCUUUUUUAACAUCAUCACCAGGAUCUUUCUCCGAUCAAGGAACGAACGAUGCCAUUUUGUCUCUCUCUCAACUGUAGCCGCUUCACUGCAAGGAACCAGACUCAUCUUUGUCCUAUUGCUCACGUGCGUUCCCGCUCAUUCACCGUUAAGUCACGUGCCACCAUCGCCGGCAAGUCAGACAUGGCGGCCUCCACUGUUCGCGUCGCUGCAGCUCAGAUGACCUCAGUCAAUGACCUCGCCGCCAAUUUCGCCACCUGCUCUCGUCUUGCCAAAGAAGCAGCAGCAGCUGGGGCAAAAUUGCUUUGUUUACCAGAAAGUUUCUCUUUUAUUGGGGCUAAGGAUGGGGAUAGUGUUAAGGUUGCGGAACCUUUGGAUGGUCCAAUCAUGCAACAAUAUUGCUCCUUAGCAAGAGAGUCUGGCAUUUGGUUGUCACUUGGAGGCUUCCAAGAAAAAGGAUGUGAUGAUGAGCACCUGCGCAACACGCAUGUUAUUGUUGAUGACAGUGGGAGCAUUAGGGACACUUAUCGGAAAAUAUUCUUGUUUGAUGUAGAUGUUCCUGGCGGAAGGGUGUACAAGGAAAGUAGCUUUACAGAAGCUGGAAAAGAUAUAGUUACAGUUGAUAGCCCUGUUGGAUGCUUGGGUCUAUCAGUUUGCUAUGAUUUAAGAUUCCCAGAGCUUUACCAACAGCUCAGGUUCCAACAUGAAGCACAGGUUCUAUUGGUACCUGCAGCUUUUACAAAAAUUACUGGUCAGGCACACUGGGAGAUUCUGCUUCGAGCUCGUGCAAUUGAGACUCAGUGCUAUGUGAUAGCUGCUGCACAAGCUGGAAAGCAUAAUGACAAAAGAGAAAGCCAUGGUGAGACAUUAAUAAUUGAUCCAUGGGGAACAGUAGUUGGUCGAUUGCCAGAUCGACUUUCGACAGGUAUUACUGUGGCUGAUAUCGAUUUGGCAUUGAUCGACUCAGUUAGAGCAAAGAUGCCAAUUGCCCAGCAACGGAAGCCCAUUGAUUUCUGGAAAUCUUCAUCUGUAUGAUUUCCAAAGAUGAGUCCUCCCGGAUCUGCUAUAUCCAGAUGUUAUGUCAAAGCCACAUCAAAUUCUUACUGUGUUGUAAUUCAAUGACAGGCCACAUAGUUAUGCAUUGUAAGUUGCAAAAUAAGUUAAAAAUUUCCUUUGUCAGGGAGCCGUUUAUUUGUGCUUUAAUUUAUCCAUAUCUCUGUAAAUAGAUUCUUGUACUAUUAGCAACCAAAGUAUUCAACUAAUUUCCAAUAGCUGAUGCAACAAUACUGAGAAUUUAACAUUUAAGGCCUUUCCCUUUA